UUUAAAGAAAGUGUUUGUCAUAACACUACUGGAUCUAUACAAACAAAAUUAUCAUAUUAAAAUAUACAUGUAGUAUAGUUUUAAAAUAUUUAUAUUUGUUUUAUUACUUGAGAGAUUUCUGUGACCUAGCUAAGCCUUACCAAUAAUUUUCUUCUCCUGGCCUGUGCUGCUGAGUGCUGAGGUUGUUUGUAAACAAAGGGCAAAGGCUGAGGCGAACCAAGUGACGGUUCAGUGUGUGCGUUUUUGAUGUUGUUAUCUUCUUGGCCUAGAGCAUGACAUGCAAAUAUAAUCUAGAUCUAGAUCUAGUCUAGAUCUAGUUUUGGAUCAGGUCAGGAUUAUCAGAUGGCAGAAGACUACAAUCCGUAGCCUCUUUAGAACACUUGAAACAGCUGCUGAUGACUGCUGAUAAUCAUGGCCAUGAGCUCUAGUUCAAAUGGCAGGGCUGUUGGACUGGGUGUAGUGGCAGAGAGCAUGACCAUUGUUGUCAGAUUCAAUGCUAGCCAGUCGUACUUGUUGGACGUCACUGUCCAGGAUUCUAUAAAAGACGUUAAAGAAAAGCUGGCACUCAAGGCAGAUACUGCGACCAACAAUAUUAAUCUUGUACUUGCUGGUCAGUUGCUUGAAAAUCACCGCUUAAUUAAGGAGUGUGGUCUCGGUGCCCACACAACUGUACAUGCAUUUUGUUGGUCAGAUGACGGCUUGGCAGCAGACUCACAACCUAUUUCCCCUUCUGGCUCUCACCUGGAGACUGAGAUAGAGGGUUCACCACAAACGAACAGGUUAUCUCUUCCACCUCCCCCAAGAGAAAAUAGGUAUUUCUCGAGUCUUGGAUCACGAAUACAAGGACAAAACCGAUUCUUCAUUUUCUGCAAGUUGUGUGACUGUGUGAGGCCUGGUAAACUGAGGGUGGAGUGCAAGCAAUGCCAUAGUGGAGCUUUUCUAGUUGAAAGGGGUCCUUCUGACUGGGAUGACAUUUCUCCUGAUACGAGAAUACGAGGAGAAUGUAAAUCUUGUCCCCAUGAUGUGCCUAUUUUCCUCAUGAGAUGCUGUGAGAGUCAUUCUGAGGAACUGGCGGGUACAGCGGUUGUGCUGAAACAUGUACAGGCAAACCGGCGCAGGAUAGAGUGCAUUAUCUGCGGAGAUGUCAUGUCACUGGUCCUGAUCUUUCCAUGCUCCCCCGGCCACGUGAUGUGCCUGGACUGUUUCCGUCAGUACGGCUCCAGCUGUCUGAGCGAGAGACGCUUUGUGGAGCAUCCGGUACACGGGUACACCUUGCCUUGUCCUGCUGGGUGUCCUGAAGCUUACAUAGAAGAGACUCAUCAUUUCUUACUGAUGGGGAAAGAUAAGUAUGAGCGAUACAAAAACUUUGGUGCUGAGGAGUUUGUGCUGCAAAAUGGAGGGAUUCUGUGCCCUGCACCUGGCUGUGGUAUGGGGCUCUUCCCAGAGGACUCUGAGCGGGGGGUUCUCUGCCGGGAGUGUCAGUUCCUGAGUUGUCGAGAGUGUCUAAGGGAGUACCAUCCUGGAGACUGUGAGGAACAUUUGCAAUCUCAGACGUUCCAUGGAAAUGAUCUUACAGUGGACGAAGAGAGAGCGGAGCGAGCGUGCUGGGAGCAGGAAUCCCUGAGCCUUAUAGAGGAGACUACCAAAGCAUGCCCGGGCUGCAAGACUAAGACUGAGAAAAGUGGUGGGUGCAUGCACAUGGUGUGUUCUCGCUGCAGCAAGGAGUGGUGUUGGCUGUGUGUCAAGCCCUGGACCAGAGAUUGCCAGGCUGACCACUGGUUUGGAUGAAGGAGGAUCAAAUACAGAUGCCUGCCAGUGUUUGCCAACUUACAAUAACUUGUUACCAUUUGGAAGGCAGAACAGAACACUUAGUCCCCGUGUUACGGAGCCAGGCUGAGAGGUUUGACAUCUACCCCCC